AUGUCUCAUCGACGUCUGAACCAGUCCAGAAAAGCCGCAAUCGAUACCUCUGAAAUCUUUGCUUCGGGGACUUUUAAAAAUGUUUGGGCUGGUCGAUACACCGAAGGACCCAGAAAAAGCCAAGCAUGCGUAUCCAAAGAAUUCAAAACCGGCUCUGUAAUCGAAGAGCACUAUUUCGAAGAAGAACUCGAGAUAAUCCGACGCACGCAAGAAAUCGUUGAUGAUUUCCACACGACGGGGAUUAUCGGAAAUCGCGAUAUCAUCGUCAAUACGCCAUCCAUCUGGACCUAUGAAGCAAGUGCGGGAAACAAGGCCGGAGUGAAAAGUUUGGUGGAACCUAUGAUUGAGAAUUUCGAAAAAUUUAAUAGUAAUACGGGAUGGACGGGUCAGGAUACAGUGUGGAAUGAUGCAAUGCAGGCUUUGAGUCAUUUUUCUUAUCAUGAUUCGGAUAGGGAGUUUUUGUUGUGUGAUCUUCAGGGUGGUUCGUAUAGUAAUGGAUAUGUCCUAUCGGAUCCGGUAAUCAUGUCCAGAGCACAAGAUUGCGGACCGGCUGAUUUGGGAAUCGAUGGAAUUAAAUCUUUCUUUCAGCGUCAUCGAUGUGGUCGCUUUUGUGAUCUGAAUUGGAUGAAACCUGCUAUUACGGGGAAAGCUCCUAUUCCUAUGCGUCAGGGAACUAGUAUGAUUGCACGUCUUCCGACAAGACAAAGUCGUAAUCCUUUGUCGAGAUUGAGGGAGUGA